GCUGAAAUUAUGAAAGGGCGGGGCCUCACUGCUGUCGUCUCACAGUAGUUUCUGGAACCUCAUGGUUACACUAUGGAGAAAGUAUCUCAGCUGAAAGACCAGGGUAAUAAGGCGCUGAGCGCGGGGAAGCUUGAUGAAGCAGUGCGCUGCUACACCGAGGCUCUGGCAUUGGACCCAAACAACCAUGUCCUCUUCAGCAACCGAUCUGCUGCCUACGCGAAGAAAGCAGACUAUGAGAACGCCCUGAAGGACGCAUGCCAGACCAUUAAGAUCAAGCCAGACUGGGGCAAGGGUUACUCACGAAAGGCUGCAGCCUUGGAGUUUCUGGGAAAGUUUGAAGAUGCUAAAUCAACCUAUCAGGAGGGUCUCCGGCAAGAGCCGUCCAACCAGCAGCUUAAAGAAGGGCUUCAGAAUAUCGAGGCCCGACUAGCAGAGAAGAAGAUGAUGAACCCCUUCGCCACCCCUAACUUGUAUGAGAAGUUGGAGGGGGACCCCCGAACCCGAGCCCUCCUGUCUGAUCCCAGCUACAGAGAGCUGCUUGAACAGCUCCGCCAGAAACCAUCUGAACUCGGCACGAGGUUGCAGGACCCACGUGUUAUGACAACCCUUUCAGUGCUGCUUGGAUUCGACCUAGCUGGCAUGGAGGAAGACGAGGAGCCGACUCCUCCCCCUCCACCUAAACCCAAAGAGACCGCCCCACCCCCUCCCAAAGAAGAAGAUCUGCCAGAGAACAAGAGAUUGGCAUUGAAGGAGAAGGAACUUGGCAAUGCAGCGUACAAAAAGAAGGACUUUGCGACUGCACUCAAACACUACGAAGAGGCGUGCAAACUUGACCCGAACAGCAUGACCUAUCUGUCCAAUCAGGCUGCGGUGUUCUUCGAGAAGGGAGAGUUUGACAAGUGUAGAGAGCUCUGCGAGAAAGCCAUCGAGGUGGGACGAGAAAACCGUGAGGACUACCGACAGAUCGCCAAAGCCUACGCCAGGAUCGGGAACUCUUACUUCAUACAGGAGAGGUAUAAGGAGUCCAUUCAGUUCUUUAACAAGAGUCUGACGGAGCAUCGCACCCCUGAGGUGCUGAAGAAGUGUCAGCAGGCGGAGAAGAUCGUUAAGGAGCAGGAGAAACAGGCUUAUAUCAACCCAGAGCUGGCACUGGAGGAGAAGAACAAGGGAAAUGAGGCUUUUCAGAAAGGUGACUAUCCCCUGGCCAUGAAGCACUACACUGAAGCCAUAAAGAGAAAUCCUAAUGAUGCCAAGCUCUUCAGCAACAGAGCAGCCUGUUACACCAAAUUACUGGAGUUCCAACUGGCCCUCAAGGAUUGCGAGGAGUGCAUCAGACUGGAACCCACCUUCAUUAAAGGAUACACACGCAAGGCAGCAGCACUGGAGGCAAUGAAGGACUACUCUAAAGCCAUGGAUGCCUAUCAGAAGGCUUUGGAGCUGGAUGCCAGCUCCAAGGAAGCCACAGAGGGGAUACAGCGCUGCAUGGUGAGUCAGACCAUGAGGAAUGAUAACCCGGAGGAUGUGAAGCGGCGGGCCAUGGCUGAUCCGGAGGUGCAGCAGAUCAUGAGUGACCCUGCCAUGCGCAUGAUCCUCGAGCAGAUGCAGAAAGACCCACAGGCUCUCAGCGACCACCUGAAGAACCCAGUUAUCGCUCAGAAGAUUCAGAAACUCAUAGAUGUGGGACUCAUAGCCAUCCGGUGAUCAAAAGAACCGAGGAGAACCAGGGCUACCACCAACCAGAUUAACACCACCACAAGACCUCAGAGGAAAGAAGACUCCAUUCCAAAAAGAAGAAAAAGUUUGCUCUCGAAUUUAUACAAUCGCCCUCGUUAUGUCAAAAAAUGUUUUAAGUGUAAGGCCUUAGUUUUUCCAUUAAAUGUUACGUGAAACAUGACAUGCCAUGCCACAUCCGCUUCUCAGCACUCUAACGUCCAGUCAGCAGCCUCUAAUCCUAACAAGUCUCAUCUGUCAAAUGGAAUAUUUUAAUAGCCUUUACAAAUUUAGGACAAAAUGGUGCAACCAUUGACAUUAUCAUCACCAUCAUCAUAAUAUUGUGAGUUUUGAUUCAAAUCACAGCAUAUUAGCAAGUAAAAAUGGUUGAAUAUUCUUAAAUUGAUCUAAUAUUUCAUACAAUAAACCAAAUACGAGAUGAUUACAUUUAUUUUCACAAUUUAAUGUUUCAGAUCCUCUUGCUUCGUUUUGCUUAAAAUUAACUGGCUUAAAAAAUGUCUAGGUAGGAUUUAAUAAUCUUAUAUUUGGUUAUUUUGUAAAAAAAAAAAAAAAAAUCUAAAUAUAAUGGAAAAUGGUAGAUAAAUUUGACUAUUGAAUAUUGACCGUUUUUACGUCCUAAAGAUCAUUUCUGUUGCAGUGAGGUGCCAAUAUUGCUAGCGAGGAAAUUGUAGCAGAAAACACGAAAAACAGCUCGGCUCAUUCCACCCUCCACUUGUGCACUGACCACAGACCAUCCCCCCCCCCACCCUCUAGUUUUCUAUCAAAUUACAUUUCUUUGCAAAUUAAAUUUAUUUGUAAAUUUCACCUUUGAUUAAGUCAGUACAAAGAGUGAAAGUAACGGUUAUAACACACUAAUCUGCCUUCCUCACCUUCCUUUUAAGUGAAUUGGAUUCUGCCAGAAUUUUACACUUGGUCUUAACACCGCUUUAGCUGACAAAGCUAAAAAUGUAGGGGUGUGUAGAUGAAUAUUUGCCAGUGUUGCCCCUACUCUUCACAGAUAUCAAGGGUUUCUAUCUGACCGGGCUGGGCGAGAGUGCUUAUCUAUGAUCAGCUCCUUAUGUUUAUGUCCAUACAGUACAGGGAAACGAGAGGUCAGUUGCAGUAGUGACGAGACGAGAGGUCUGGAUGCGGUCGAAACUCACUGUGAAAAGUUUGCUCUCAAAUCCACACGCAGUAUAUCUAGCGAUUUAACGUGACAAUUAAAAAUGCUUGUUUCUCGAAAACACAGUCUUUUCUUGAAUGCUUGGUGAUGCAGUAUGUGAGAGAUUGACCUGGUUCUGAUCCUAGGUUGGCGCUCUUGACUUGAUUAAUCCCAAAUCAGCCUUGUUAGUGUUUAUACCGUACGCAAGGCCGAGUGGCUGUCGAAGUGUUCAAGAUUUUUUACAUUCUGGCACCAGUUUGCGUUGUGCCAUGGAGUCUUCAUUAUUUCCAGGUCUUAGUGCCUGCAAACCUCUCACUGCUGACUGUCUCUCUCAUCUGUGCUUCAGCAAAGGGCGUAAUCUGACAUUGUGAAUGCAUUCAUGCUCAGUGUUUUCCUUUUCUUUUCUUUUCUUUUCCCCCCUCACUUCAAUAAACUGAUACAUACCACACCAUCUUGUACGCAUCCAGUUGAGUUGCUCCUUAGACAGCUGAUCAAGCAGGGCUGCCACUCAACCUGGAAACCUCUGUUCAUAGGUCUGUAUGUAAUUGUAAUACAUAUGCAUACACUAGUUUUAGGAUAUGUAGAUACAUGCCACUUAACGAAACAGAGUCCUAUUUUAAUUAUGUAAGCCAAUCGAUGUUCUGGUAACUGCAAAUGCUUUUGACCGUAAUGUAUCUGUUCUGGAAGAGACCGUGACACGCUAGAAUGUCAAUGCGUCAUUUUUGUUCUGGAAAAUAUAUAUGAAUGUGUUUCUAAAUCGA